AUGCAAAAUCGCGAAUCAGUAACAUCAGUAGUAAAAUUUACACGGAAUAAAGACGAUAAAAAAACAUAUAGGAGUUUAUCGGCGGAAUUAACUAAAGUUUUCUCAUUGGAAGAAAUCAAAGCGGAAGUACAAUGGUGGAAAGUAUUUAAAAAUUACAUUCGAGGACGUUCGGGAGUGUUGGGUCGAACGUAUUAUUUUGAAAAAAUGUGCGGUCUCUGCCUUGCAAAUCCGAAAGAGCAAAAAUGGUUGAUCAAAUUUCGUAACGUAGGUUUACGACGUUUGAACGUUUUUAUAAUAAAUGCGACGAAAAAAGAAGCUCUCUCCAAAGACAUAAAAUUAUUAACUUGGUGCUCUUUGAGUCUAUUACAUUUUUUCUAUUCGAAAACUCAAAAUCGCAUAGACGAUUGCAGCUGUUUUAGAAUGAGUAAAUUAGAACAGGCAAAAGAUUUGUUUCGUAACACAAUGUACCUCAUACUGCCGGAAAAACAAAAUGAAGUUGUCAAACAAACCAUAAGGUAUAUGACCAUGACCGGUCAAUGGAACUCUCAAGACUACGAUCUUUUUGUUUUUCAGGAAUUGUUAACUAUGAUAACAAAAACGGAAUUUCUCAUAGCAAAAGUAAUUAAACAAACGGAAACGAGUCAAAAAGAAAUGAAAAUAAAAGAAGCUUUCGACGUUUCCUGCACGCUUUCGACACUUUUAGAACAAACGUUUUGGGAUAGAUAUUUAUACAAUCAUUUGCUUCACAAUUGUUACAAUACUCUUUUGAAAUUGUUCAUACUCGGAAGUAAUCCGGUACCUUCUUCGUUUACGUUAGAAAAUGCAAAAUUUAAAGUCGUCAUAAAAACGUGUAUAAGAAAUUUCAUAAGCAAUAUAAAAGAUAAUAAAGGUUUGGUGAGCGUUAUGGACUCUAUGGCAAAAUGUUUACAAGAUGACACGAUAGGCUACGAAGAUAAAGUUGAAAUAACGGAAAUAAUAGCGUACACGGCUCAAAAACAUUCUUGUAAAUAUUAUAGAGAAUCUAUGACGGCGGAUUUAUUGGAUUUCCUAUUGAUAAACCUUAAUUUGCCCGAUAAGGGAUUGAUUAUGUUAGCCCAUAAAAUAUUUCAUUUGUUUUUGGAUCGACAUUCGAAUUUGAGAUUUUUCGCCGAACCCGUUUAUUUUUUCAAAGGAAGAUCCGAUUUUGUUAUAAAUUACGAUUUCAAUGUCGAAGAUGCACAAUUUUUUAAGAAUUUUUCUGCCGAUUUUUUUAGAAGUAUUCACAAAAACAUGCUUUUGUUUUAUAAUAAAUACGAAUUGGUUACAUAUUAUUCAACGCUAUGUAUCGUGCUAAUCGAAAUACCUGAUCCGGUCAUAACAAUCAACAUUCUACAUUUAAUUAUAACGGCACAAAACGAUGUCAUAAAACUUUCAAAUGAAAUUCCAAUGACUUCAAAAGCUCACAUUCAUGCAAUCAUAGCAUCGUUAAUAUCAUUAAUUUGUGUUAUACACAAAGAAGAAGUAAGAGCAUUGGAAAAAAACGUUGAAGAAGUUAAUAAAUAUAGCGUUGCCGGUCAUCACACAACCGAAUAUCACGAUCAAUUAUAUUUUUUGGAAGAAGAAAUAUUAUAUGCACUUCAAAGAUGUUGGCUGACAAGAAGAAUGACAACGUAUAGAUAA